GUCUUCUGCCUUGUAGACUUCCCAGCACUCUCCGUCGUACUUCUAUCUCUCACUUCAUCGUCCACCAACAUGUCCGCUGCGCACCUUUGGGCCCCCGCCGGAGCGCCUCCGACCAAGCUUGGCCGCCACCGCCGUCUCAGCGACAAGGCUGGGGUCCACGUCUCGCCCAUCUGCCUUGGCGGUAUGAGCAUCGGAGACAAGUGGGCCAGUUAUGGCAUGGGAGCUAUGGACAAGCAAUCCAGCUUCAAGCUUCUCGACGCCUUCUACGAGGCUGGCGGUAACUUCAUCGACACGGCCAACAAUUAUCAGGACGAGAGUUCUGAGGCAUUCAUCGGGGAAUGGAUGGAGACCCGCGGUAUCAGGGACCAGAUCAUCAUUGCUACCAAGUAUUCGACCAAUUACAAACGCGGUCGCCAGGACGUCAAGCAGCAUUCGGCAUAUGUCGGGAACCAUAUGAAAUCUCUUCAUGUCUCCGUCGAGGAUUCCCUCAAGAAGCUUCGGACCAGCUACAUUGACAUACUCUAUGUACACUGGUGGGACUGGCAGACUAGCGUCGAGGAGGUCAUGAAUGGUCUCCAUGCCCUUGUUCUGGCGGGCAAGGUCCUGUACCUCGGUAUAUCCGACGCCCCGUCCUGGAUUGUCAGCCGCGCCAACCAAUAUGCACGUGACCACGGCAAGACCCCUUUCUGCAUCUAUCAGGGGCUGUGGAGUGUCAUGCACCGUGACCUCGAGCGUGAUAUUCUUCCAAUGGUCAAGGCCGAAGGCAUGGCGCUCGCCCCAUGGAAUGUGCUUGCCUCCGGUAAGAUCCGUACGGACGAGGAGGAGCGCCAGCGCCGCGAGACAGGCGAGAAGGGACGGACGGUCUUGUCUCCUAACUGGGAGCGCACUGAGGACGAGCGCAAGGUCGUGAAGGUUCUAGAGGAAGUAGCUGCCCAGGUUGGGGCGAAGACUGUUCAAGCUGUUGCCAUUGCGUAUGUGAUGCAGAAGAUUCCGUACGUAUUCCCCAUCGUCGGAGGGCGAAAGGUCGAGCACCUGUAUGCCAACCUUGAGGCCCUCGAUAUCGUGCUCACCGGGGAGCACAUCCGCAAGAUAGAAGGCGCCGUGCCUUUCCGUGCUGGCUUCCCUUACGACAUGAUUGGCGACGGGACGUCCUACAAUGUUGGCUACGCCAAUGCAGGCCAGUAUGACUUGUGGCCUGAACGUGCGGCCAUCCGUCCGAAUCAGCAGAACUCGGGGAAUGCUGUCAUGCCGAGCUUAUGAUACUAGCAAACCGCGCCCCAGCGUGGAGCCUGCCCUCGCAGUAUUUCGAGUCGUCACUAGUACCUCAUCAAUCAAUGUUCAUGUGGUUUUAAGGUUCACUCUGCGACGGCUCGAAGAUGCUCGAAGAAAGUGAGAACAAGUAUCCUCGACGAAAAUGCCGAACAUGGACCUUGAUGAAGUCAGUCACGCCUAUGGCUAGCCUGCGUGUACCGACCCAACAUUUCAGCGACAACUUCGAGCUUUGAGGAUGUGCUCGUACAGUUCUGCUGCCGCAUACGGUUACAGAUCUCACCUUCCCAAGAUAGUUUUAUCAAAACGAUAU